UGAUAUCAUUGUAUAUUUGGCAUUGUUGGUAUUGCCAUUAUUUUGGUCUACUAAUUUUCAAGAAGUUUUUAGUAAAAUUUUAGUUAAUUACACCAAAUUAACUGACGAAAAAAAGUGGAGAAUCAAAGAAUUAUCUGAUGCUAUAAAUAUUAGUAGGCAAUUAAAAGAAGGGGAAGCAGAAAAUAUUUAG